AUGAAGAAUCUUCACAUGUAUGUAACUGAAACUUCUAGCUCAAAUGAUUUACCAGAAAUUCAAGAAAGUGUAUCAGAUGUAAAAGUGCCCUCACUAUGUGAGAACAAUUCCCAACUUCCAAUUACUACCUUACCCAAUGUUCCAGAAGCCGAGUUAAGUGGAUUACCUUCAGAUACAAUAGCUAAUAUUAGUAAAUCAUCCCCAUCUCGGCAACCAAUUUCUACCUUAUCUGAUGAUCCAGAAGAAAAACAAAAGCAUACAAUUAAAAUGACAUUGGAUCAUUUUUCUUAUUUACCUUUUAACUACAGUGAUGAAUAUGACGAUUAUUUUGAUUGCCCAGAAAUAUGUCUGGCGUGUAAUAAAGAACAUAAAACAGUAAUAUAA